AUGCAGACUGCUUCUAUGAACAUUUGUGAAAGAAUGGAUCGCUCUCAGGAACUCAAUGAAUUCAAGCAUGAUACCGUGAUUGGUUGCCACCUGUGCAAUAAGUCCAUUCGUGAAAUUUCAUUGCUACUAAACAUUCCACGGUCAACUGUUAGUGGUAUUAUAACAAAGUGGAAGCAACUGGGAACAGCAGCAACUCAUCCACGAAGUGAGCGGGGUCAGUGCUGAAGUGUACAUUGUGCAGAAGUCGCCAACUGUCUGGAGAGUCACUAGCUAAAGAUCUCCAAACUUCAUGUGGCCUUCAGAUUAGCACAACAACAGUGCGUAAAGUGCUUCAUGGAAUGGGUUUCCAUGGC